CAAUUGCGGUAUAAAUAAAUGAUGCCGCAACCGUUGGAAAUCAUUUACAGUCAAUCAACAGGUUAAUUCACAUCGUCCGACUAAAGUAGCUGACAACAGAGCGCAUCACAAAAGUCAUACUGAGCAAAAUGGCUGCUUUUUUUAAUCCCACGACACAUUAUCUCAAACAUCACUUUCUGCGAAUUCAGGUGAUAGUUGGUUUCUUCGUUUUCAGCAAUGUUAUGGCCACAGUGCUUGCAAAUGCUGUAACACCUGAAAUACCCACAGUAAGUGACAAUGAAAGCGAAUUUGGGGAUAUGAUGAGCAUGGAAAGUGGCGCCGAUGAGAAACGCAGUGGUUGGCAAUCUUUGCAGGGUUCAUGGGGCAAACGCUCCAACCAAGACUUUGAUGCCAACGAGAUGGAUACGGAACAUAUUCUGCCUGUGCUUGUUACAGGCAUGGAUCCAAGAUCCAAAUUACAGUUGGCUUAUCUAACAAAUGCAGCCACAUUGGAACAUCUGGCCAAUACCCAAGAUAUUGGUCUCAACUCCGUGGAAACCAACGAUCUAGACGACAGUAUUUUGAAUGAAAAGCGGGCUUGGAAAAAUCUCAAUGUGGCCUGGGGCAAACGGCGUAACGGUCCCACCUGGAACAAAUUCAGAGAUCUUUUCGCUUCUCAACCAGGUGCAUGGGGCAAGCGUGAACCAAACUGGAAUAACUUGAAGGGCAUGUGGGGUAAGCGGGCCAGCAAGGAUUGGCAAAAACUGCAUGGCGGUUGGGGCAAACGUUCCCAGCAAUACUCUGACUUGAAUUAAAGGGCUUAAGCAUAUAUUCCAAGAAAAUUUCAACUACUCCCCAAGCCAAUGAUGACGACCGAUUUAAACAUGAUCAAUUACCUAAUUAAUUAAUUAUACUAACUUAAUAUGUAUUUAAUAAUACAAUUUUCCUAUGUCUAGUAAGUUAUGGAUAAGUACGAGUACAUAUGUAGUUGUGUAAAAUAAAUUACCUACCACUAAUUAUCGAAAACCAAGAGACAAAAAAACAAAAGCUAUAAUCAAAAAAAAAAAAAAUAUUGCAUGAAAGCCUUAUAACACAGUUUUUAUUUUUAGAAGUAUUUAGAUUUAAUCAGUCACCUACUCCACUUCCGAUUUGUUUUCUACGCUAAGACCUGUUGUCCUGUUGUCCAGGUUGUGGUAACAUAUCCUUAGAACCCUCAAAAAGCCAUCUCCAAUCCAUAGACAUGAAUGUUCAUAGUUUAACCAUUAACCAAUCACAACAGAUCGUCUAUUUUGUUGGUAUUUUUGUUGUAUGUAUUAUAGGGGAAACUUCUGAUGAUUAUUUCAUAAUUAAUUAAUAAAAAAAAAUAUAUACAUACUUACACAACCAAAUGUUUUAAAGCGACAAAUACAGAUGAAGUGAAACAAAUAUUUUAUCAUUUAUUUAUUAUAAUUCUAAUAAAUUUUUAAAUAAAUAUUUGCACGUACACAUGCAUGUGACUGUGUGUAUGAGUAAAGUAGAUUACGCCACAAUUAUUUGUAACGUUAGACUCGACACCCAUGAAUGUUGGAACCUUCUAGGUGAACCACCUAACUGAAACGUAUUUGAAUGAUUGCAUGCAGGGAUUUCGUUAAUGUCCGUGUGUAUGUGAAAACAUCAAUAAAAAAUAUGCAUUUUUGAUCAAACAAUUUAAA